UACCACAGCAUUUGGUCUAGAAGAGUUCAAAGAAUGUGUCAAAAUGCCGUAUUUACCAGGACUGCAGAGUUGCCCAAAAAGUGUAAGUUCACCUCUACUGGAAGUUCAUCCAAGACUGCUUCAUGCUGCUACCGAGAUGCCUCCAGUCAGCCAGUCUAGUGAGAACAUGUCGAAUUGCGUGCAAGUAUUUUAUUCUCCUCUGCAUAUUGCACAGCGCCCCGUGAAUGAACAGCCAUGGCAAACCAGGAUAAGGAAGACUAAGAAGGCCUGCACUGUGGUACCACUUCAGGAGAAACCAAAGAGAUUUUUCAGGCAUUCUAAUUCUUCAAUCAAUUUUGGUUCUGGCUUCAGCGAUCCUCUUGCUGGAGCAUCAUCUCAAUACUUACAGAGACUUUCCAAAAUGGCCAUAUUGGAGUAUGAUACCAUUCGUCAAGAAACUACUAGAAAAUCCAAAAAGAGCAAGAAACGAGACCCGUGAGACUGCUGAUAAGUAUCACAUGGUGCAAUGCUUUCUUCACUGAUG